GUCGAGUUUCAUCAUAUUCUGGGAUCUGACCUUGAAAAUCAGAAUGAUUUAGACACUUGAAAAUAUCAAAGUAUGACGUGGGUAAUGUGACAUAAUAAAGUAAAGGUGAACAAAAAGUGUGCGUUUAUUUAAUUUAAUUAGGAGUUUUUCACAUGUGAUGAGUAGCGUACAUGAAAAUUCGUGGUCUUGGGUAGAAUAUUUGGUGGAAACGAUCAAUAAGCUUACCGAUGACUUAGUGGGCUCAACAACGUUUGAGUUAAUAUUUCACCCGAUCAACAGCAUAAUCAGCAAUGAACUUCAACAAAAAUUUUCUGAUUUUUUUCACAAAUUUAUUGAUUUGGUAGCAUUUGACGAUUUUCAGUUGCAAUUGUUGAAAAUCUUCUUGUUUACAUCUGUUAGUACCGUGGCCCUUAUUUUCAUCGCUUGGUAUAUUUACGGUCCAAGAAUUUCCGAACAAUUUAUGGAACCAAGUUUGUAAAAUUGAAUGUUCAAAAAGAAGUUAAAAGUGUUUUAUACUUGUAAUUGUUUUCUGUUCCAUUAAUAAAAAUCAAUAUAAUUGCAAAAAAACUGGGGUUAUGAAAGACAAUGGUAUGCCAUUGCAAGAUUAAGUAAAAAUUCUUUUAUUUUUGUUGAAGAUCAAGGGUAAAAGAGACUCUGUAUCAAAAGAUUUUGACAGUUCAUCUGGUGAAUAAUUUGUUGGUUAGUUAAAUAAAUCCAAAAGAAUUGUUUUGAGUAGAAAAUUUAAGUUACACGAUUUACAAUCUUUUGUAAUAUCAGACCAAAUAACAAUUAUGACAGAAAAAAUUAAAUCACUUUUUGGCAAGGCAAAAUUGGAUGUGAAAUUUAUGAAUGCUGGAAAAGGACACAAAUUGACAGAAUCAACUAGUAAUGAUGGAUCUACUUCUGUAGUAGAGCCAAGAAAAAGAGUGGAACCUACAAAUGAAGCUAAAGUAGCUGGUCAAGCAGCUUUAGCAAGGCUGGAAGCAAAAGAAUCUAACAUAAAAAGAUUUAAUACAUCAUAUGCAGCUAUUAAAGCACAAGUGAAACGAGAAUUAGAACAAAAAAAAAAAGCACAACAAAAUGCAGAGAAAGAUUAUGUGCAAUCAGAAGAAAAAGCCGAAAAUGCAGUUAAGGAUAAUUCUUUGUUAGCUGUUACCAAUGUAUACUAUCGUUGUCCAUAUUUAUCUGAUGAAAUAUUAUCACAAGAUGAAUGGAAAGUAAAAAUAAAAGAAUUUUUAUAUGAACAAUUGAAAGAAGAUAAGGGUGUAAUAUCAUGUUUAAUUAUACAAAAUUGCAAUAGUAAAAAGAAUAGAAUUGAUGCUUGUGUUGAAACACUUGGAAAAUAUCUAGAAAAUAUUAUAAAUAAUCCAGAGGAAGAAAAGUAUCAGAAGAUUAGAAUGCAGAAUAGAAUAUUUCAAGAUAAAGUGGCUGCAAUUGAAGGUGCAUUAGAGUUUUUAAAUGCUGCUGGUUUUCAUCAGAAGAAGUUAUUGAAUAAUGAUAAGGAGGAUGAUUUCUUAAUUCGUAAUGCAGAUAAUUGCGAUAUUGAAGACAUUACCAUGUUAUUGGAAGCAUUAAAAACUGCACAACCCAUUCCACUGGAACUAGACAGAAAUCUACAAGUAUUGUUACCUAUGCAAGCAAACAAGAGAACCGAAUUGCCAUCGAGCUUUUUCAAUUUAACUGCUGAAGAUAUAGAGAAAGAACAACAACUUCGAACUGAAGCAAUUGAAAGAGAUCAGAUGUUCAGAACGAAAGCCAUGAGAGAAAGAGACGAAAAAAAGAGACUCAGAAAAUAUAAAUUUUCAUUGAUCCGUAUAAAAUUUCCAGAUAAUCUUAUUUUACAAGGAACAUUUUCUGUACAGGAAAGUUUUCAAAAUGUUGUUGAUUUUGUUAGUGAGAAUUUGAUAAAUAACGAGAGGCCUUUCAGCUUGAAAAAGCUUCCUCAAACAAUAUUUAGUGAAGAUUCUUUUGAUAAAACAUUACUUGAAUUAGAAUUAUUCCCUGCUGUAAUAUUGAUGUUUUUCUGGAAAAGUAAAUCAGAAGAAACGAGUCACAACGAAUCUGUAGGAUACUUAAAGGAAGAGUUACUUUCUAUCAUACAACCUGCUUAAAUUUGUAUUAUCUAAUCUUUACAAACUGUAAUUAUAAAUACUGAAAAAAAUAAAUAUAGGUAUCAUUAUGCGGCUUA